AUGGCGGCUCGGCUCCCGGCGUCUGAGCUGGACUGCGGAGCGGGCAGCACAAAGCUUUAUUCUGGUCUGAAGCAGGAAAACCCAGAGAGUCCACAGAUCAGCGAGGAGCCAGAGGAACAUGGCAUCAAACUGGAGGAAGAUCUGCUGCAAAUAACUGUGGGAGUGAAGGCAGAAGAACACAGUCUGCUCCAGGAAAUCCUACAAAGUCCACAGACUAAAGAGGAGCCAGAGGAAGUGAGGAUCAAACACGAGGAGGAGCCGCUUCCUGUGUGUGUGAAGACAGAAGAGUGGUCACUGCCUCAAAGACAAAGUGAGCACAGAGAGGAGACACAGGGAGAAGACAUCAGCCCAGAGUCUGAGGGAGACACAGAGCACUCCUCUGACCACCACCAGGAUGAAGACCUUCAUCUUCAGCCUGUGUCCUCAGAGACAGAUGAUGAUGGAGACGACCACCACAGAUUGUGCAGUCAUCAGCACCAUCGCUCCUGGUUUCACUCAGGGCUACGACUGCAGAGGGAUGGACAGUCGCUACGUUACCAUAGUGAUCCCAGGACGGACUGA